UCAGCCUGUUCUGUGAGCCUGCUCACAGGUCGGAGGUGGUCGGCGAACACGGGUUUGACUGGCACCUCACCGUGCAUCAGAUAACACCGCAAUGAAACCACGUUAUACGCAGUGAUAUUUCUUUCAUUGUAGUGUAAAGGGGCAGGAUGCUCCGGAGUGGUCGUUUGAUUUAUCGGUGAUCUUGGUAUCAGGUCUGACAGGAAGUUUAAUCAACCGCGGUGCGAACGUGCGAGUCGAGAGGAAGGUGCUCUCUUCAGCGAAAAUGACUUUCAACCGGUUGCUGUCCAGGGCUGUUUUCGUCAGCAGAGCUGGCUGCAGGUCUGCUUUCACAAGCUCCAAGCCUGAUAUGACCAACCCCAACUGGUUCAGAGUGGGUCUUGCUUUUGGAACAUCUGCUUUCCUAUGGGGCUUGCUCUUCAAACAGCACAGCACAGACACUCAUGAGUACAAAGUGAGGAAUGGCCUGGAAUAACCUACAAAACUCACAGCUCACCCACCUCAGCCUGGGCCGGAGGUCAGCGAGUGGGAGGGACCUGCCAUGCCGUCACUGGAGGUCGGGUCCUGCCAAGCCUGAGGAGAACUGAUGGAUCGAUAGGCAGUGAUGUCAUACCUGUUGAUGGCUGCAAAGGUGGCCCAACCAGUUAUUAGGUUUAGGGGACAAUCACUCUUUCACACAGGGCCACGUCGGUUUACAUCUUUUUCCCCUUAAUAAUAAAUACCUUCAUUUAGAAAGUGCAUUUUGUGCUUACUCGUGUUAUCUUUGUCUAACAUUUAAGUUUGUUUGAUCUGAAAAUUAUGACGACCUGGGGUAGAAAGACACUGAAGUCUAACCCAACACUAAUGUGUACCAGUUACCAUAACUUGUGUUUCACUGAGGGUUAAUUGUGCUCAAUACUGGCAUGUUGAAUAUAAAUAACAAACAUGUUUCAGUUAACCAGUAUAAUGAAUCAGAAAAUAGAAUAAUAGUGAUUCUAAUAACAUGAUGAGGCUAUAGAAAGACAGAGGAGGUGUGGGUGGACAUCAGACAGCAACGUGACUGAAUGACCAAAGUGUGAAGAUGUGACAUCAGUGAAAGACGGGUUUCUGGGUUCUUCCCACUUGUAUAGAUAUCUAUUGUUUAGUUGAUUGAAUUAUGUUUUUUAAUUAGUUUGAGUAUUACUAUUUGGUUUGAUUUUGCUUUGCAGCGCUCCUGCUAAAUUGCUUUGAAAACAUUUCUUGCAAUUAAAGUCGAAAUUGUGGACACUAACUUUUUACCCUUUUGUGAAACAGUAAAAGUCUGAGUGUUAUUCUUUAUUAGUGCAAAGAGCUCUUACAGGCUACCCUGGCCAUUAUACAUUAAUCUUUCCUGCGAGCCUGCCAAUCAACAGGGAGCUACCAUUAACAGGUGGGACUGAUAAGGUUUGACCUACAAGGCUACUCAGGUUUCUCCUUAUCCAGGACAGACACCUGGACAGUUUCACGGUAGUUGGGACUGGGCGAGUCCCCUCAUCCACAUCGACUCCAGCUGAACUCUGAAUGGGAAAGAGCCAAAACAGAUUUCUUGUAUUGGAGUUGUGGGCCCUGCAAAUCGACAUCCAGGGUGUUACUUCCACUACAGACGCCUCGGAAAGAAAAAUGCAUUUUUUUCUACUGUGUUUGCAAAGAUGUUUCAUUAUACUGAGCAAACAGCUGCUCAGUGGUAGCAGAAGAAAACAACUUUAUUACAAAUAUUUUAAUCAGCAUCAUUUUCAUGGUUACCUGAAGAUAACUUGAACAUCUACGCCCAUUUGCAUGAACUGAAGAUAGCAGCCUUUACCGCGAGAUCUUUAAUCUGGUCAAAACAAAACAACAUACUCAAAUUGAUAAAUCUGCAUAUGCAACAUGUGGAAAGCAGAGAGUAAAAUAUUUAAGCAAAUCUAACCAGUUGACGUAAAAAAAAAAAUAAAAAAAAGAGUUAACCUGGAACAUUUUUGAUGAACUGAGAGUUUUUCUGGUGAUUUGUGAAAUAUGUGUGUCAAUUAAAUAUUACAGUGAUAUUAAAACGUGGUCUGUAAAUGUUUUGUUUGUGAUCUCUUCCUGUCCAAAGGGAGUUUUUCCUUCCCACUGUCGCCAAAGUGCUGCUCACAGGGGGUCAUAUGAUUGUUGGGUUUUUCUCUGCAUGUAUUAUUGUAGGGUCUACUGUACAAUAUAAAGCACCUUGAGGUGACUGUUGUUGUGAUUUGGUGCUGUGUAAAUAAAACUGAAUUGAAAAAUUGAAUUUUGGCUGACUACAAAUAUUUGUGUUACAUUAAACCAGACGACGAUACAAUUAUUCACUCGAAUUGGGAGAGGCAAGUAAGUUUUACUUCACUACAUGCACUCUGUGCAAUGCUAGUUUUAAUUAUAUAAAUACCCCCAAAAUGUAACUGUUUCCUUAAAACGGUUCAUAUGCUGACUAAUCUUCUGACUGUUCUUGGCCACAAAACACUUGAAACCAUCAAUAACGAUCACAACAUGAAUAAAUGUAGGUUCGAGCAGAAACAAUAAUUUCAGUUUCCACAGCAGAAGUUUUCUGCAUAAAUCAAGGACAAUUUAUUUACUGAGAAAAGUUUACACAUACUGCUAAUUAUGUGGGCAAAAUAUACAUGUGCAUAGUCAAUAUUUAAAAAAACAAAGUGAAAGGUUAUUUGCAGCCUUUUACAAAGACUGUCUUUUCCAAAAUAUCAUUUAAGACUGGAUCAUAUUUGAAAGGAUCUGUUGUUUACCAUGAAACAGAGACAAAUAUUUCUCCUCUAAAUUCCUGAAUUAUUAGUUGAGCUUAUUGUUCGUUGAAGAGACACAAAUCAACCUUUUGCCACGGGACUAGCAUUCUUACAAAAAUAUGUCUGACAACUGGCAUUUCUUCACAACAAAACAGUAAAGAAAAGACUGAAUAUGAAACUUAUAUCUCACUUGUGGCGAUUCUCCAACAGAUCACUUUAGGCCAGAUAUUACAGCAAGAAAGGGUUUAGUCUCUGCUCACAAGACGGAAAUAUCACAGGAAAAAACUGUCCAGGACAGUGUGGGUAAGAAAACCUGUGAUAUGGAAAGGCAGUGUCCUAUCCACAAAAAGCCACAUCCCCUCAACCACUGUGGGGCGUCACAAUAAAUCUAUUAAGGAGUGUUCCUUAAGCACAGCAGUAUUUGUUUUUAAGUUCUGUGUGAGCGGCCAUUGUGUUUCCAUCUCCUCCUGUGUUUUCCCAUGCAGUUCCACCCCUGGGCAGGACCUUGGACACUCUUACUGACCUAUUUCUCAUUAAGUGACAAUCAGCAUGGCUGCAUUUAAGACCGGCACGGUCAUCUCUUCUUCACUGGUCCAACAGCUAUCCGCGCUGGAUCUCAUCUCAGGUUGGAAAAAACUCUGAACCCAUCCACAGCGCCACCAUCUUCACAAAACUGGACCUGUGUAACCCCCACCAUUCCACAUCAGAGGGGGGCGGUGAAUGGAAAACAGCCUUUAAUAUACCAUUGGGUCAUCCCAUUCAUAAAUGCACCAGCAGUUUUUCAGGCACUAGUGAAUGACAUUCUCAGAGACUUCCUAAACCUUUUCGUGUUUGUCCAAGGAUCUCCAAGAGCCUCAAAUCCAUGUUCACACUGUGCUUGAGUGGCUACUGGAAAAUCAUCUGUAUGUAAAAACAGAGAAGUGCGGGUUCCAUUCACCAUCCGUCACUUUUCUAUAUUCUGGCAGGGGGACAGGUGAAGACAGACCCUGUCAAAAUCCGAGCAGUCGCUGAACGUCCCACUCCUUUCACGCGCAGCCACCUUCAACAUUGAAUUCUGACUUGUAAAUAAUGGAAUUUGAAAUAAAGAGGUAGGAACAGAAAAAGUGUAAACUUCAUCCUACUCAGAAUCAGAAUUGAAUCAGUUGUAAAAGUCAGUGACGAUAUGAUAUCCAUCCCUAGUUUACAGAUCCACUGGUACGUAUCCAUAUAUAACAGCAGGGCUGCUGAACAUCAAAUGGCCAGCAGGUGUCAGCACUUGAGCUGUUAAACGGCGCUUCGUGUGCGCUGCCUUUGGUGAAGCAAAGCUCCCGGGGCCUUAUCACACCAUCACUACCUGGUUGUAUACUCAUUCUACUCUCUUCUCUCAUUCUUCUUUUGCACACCACUUAAUUUUAAAUGCGGCUGCACUGACGAACUACUCUAUAAGACACUCUUAAAAACAAAUUGUUAUUGCUAUACAAAUCAUCACAAAUUAUCCACAAACGACAUAGAGCAAGAUCCGGAAGCACAAGUAAAUAUUUCCCUCCAUACCACAAACAUGAACUAUGAAAAAUGUCUGAAUAUAAGAACCCUUUCUGUUGACUUUCAAGUGUCUUUUAUUUAUGUAAAACGGAAAUCGACCAAAAGUGCUUUAAAGACAGACACAUUUACGUUCCAGAUUCCAAAAAACUUGGUUUUGGUGUGUUUUAUUGUGUUGACUAAUUAUUUUGGGAAGUAAUAAACACAUUUAUUUAGUUGGUAUUAAAAUAUAUUCAGAAUUUGCUAAUUAAUGUUUUGUUUUGUUUUUUAUCUUAAAUGAUGACACACUGCUCUGCCCUGUAUAAGCUCCCUUUAUAAGUUUAAGGUAUUGGCAAUACUGGUCCUCCAUCACGAUUUUAAAAAAAUCUCACACGCUGCUUUUUAGUGUUUUUUGUUUGUUUGCGGGUUUUUUUUUUUUUCAAGGAAGAACGUCGACUUGACGUCACGGCGUACCGUGCCCUGACCUGGCUCGGUUGUGGCGAAGAGGCGGCGCGCCGGAAAGCUACAGGAUAGCACGAAGGAAACACAACUUUGGGGUUUGUGUUCAAGAAAAACAUUUAUAGGCGUCUGCGAAGCGAUUUCCGAGUAACGAAGACCCGCUGCAAACAUAUUUUUAUGCAAGCGAAGUAAGCGUUUUGGCCUUGGUUAACUUAG